AUGGACUACACAGUGGAGCAGAUCAAGCCUGACGAGGCCGGUGUGGAAUUCUUCUUGGAAAAGUACAAGCCGUUCCGAUUGGAGGCUUUACGGACAGAUCCGCAGUUCUUUGGAUCUACGUACGAGAAGGAAGCCGCCAAAGACGACGACUUUUGGCGAUUGCGCGUGUCCCGCCCCGGGGCGACGACCUUUGUCGCCGUCCGCACCCCGGACCGUCGCAUCGUCUCCUCCCUGACCCUGGUGCGCGGGAUGCAGCCCUCGCCCAUCCUCUCCAUGGCGGCCGGGCUGAUCCCCGCGGAGCGCGACAAGGACUCGGCGGCGCUGCUGCACUGGGCCGUCAACGGCGUGUACACGGCGCGGGACGCGCGGCGGCAGGGCCUCGCCAAGGGCGUGUUUGAAGCGGCGCUGGCGUUUGCGUUUGCAGAAGCCGCGGCCGAGGGCAAGUCGUGCCUCGUGUCGAUUCUCGUGCGCGAAGAAAACGAGCUCGCCAUGGGCAUGUACGCGCGCAUGGGCUUUGGCGACUUGGGCUACGUCGAGGCGGACGGCAAUGCGGUCAUGUACAUGUUUAAAGCGCGGCCAGAGGCGAUGUGA